CGAUCAGCUCCGGCCCCGCCACGUCAUCCGCCUCCCCUCCUCCGCGCGACCUCUCCGCCGCCGCCUCCCUCUCUCCGGUUCAUGAUACCGCCGCCUCGCCACAACUCCGUGCCGUGCCCGUGCCCUCACCCCACUCCGAAGGGACGGCAGCAGCUCGCAGAUGCCCGUCGGGAGCUACAAUCCUAUGACGGAGUCUUCUCUGUUGGCGUCUCCUCGCGGCGAGCUCGAGGUUCGAUCAGGAUCGGAGUUCUCGGAGGACGGGUCGCGUGUCGGGGUGGGGAGGGAGGCGUGGGCACCACGGGCGGGCGGCCAGCUCUUUGCCGGGGAGUAGCGGCGGAGAUGAUUGGCGUGUGAAGGUCGGCGGAGGGAAUACUGCGCGCCGGCGUGGCGAAGAGUGUUCUUACGACGGCGGCUGUGGUGAAAUCGGUUCCAGGGAUUACUGAAAAAGAUGGAGCUGCAUUGAUUGAGAAACAGAAUGAAGGGAUUGGGAGUUCAAAACCAGUGAAGCAGAAGACAACUAGAGCUGAUAGGCGUGCCCUUCAGGAGGCACAACGUGCUGCAAAAGCUGCGGCGAAGGAAGCUGGUGCAGAAGGAAAGAAUUCCUCUGGGGUUCCUAAACAAGGUAAGCCUGUGAAGCAACCACCACAGAAAAAAGAUGUAACACAGAUGACAGCACCAUCUACAGCUCCUGAAAAGAAGGUUGGUGACCGCUUACCUGAAAAAGAAAGAAAGAAAGAUGCCCCUCCACCCCGUAUGCAGUAUGAUGAUAAACAUAGGGUUGAAAAAGCUAAGCGACGUGCAGUAGUUAAUCAAUUUGAAGCCAGAAAUAGAGUCGAAUUAUUUAGGCAUUUGCCUCAGUAUGUCCAUGGAACACAGCUUCCAGAUCUGGAAUCAAAGUUUUUUCAGCUUGAACCAAUGCAUCCUUCCGUGUACAAGGUUGGGCUUCAGUAUCUAUCAGGGGAUAUUUCUGGUGGUAAUGCUCGUUGCAUUGCAAUGCUUCUUGCAUUCAAAGAAGCUAUUAAAGAUUAUUCUACACCACCAGAAAAGCUUCUUAUUCGAGAUUUGACCGCAAAAAUCAAUAGCUAUGUGUCAUUUUUUACCGAAUGCAGGCCCCUUUCGAUUAGUAUGGGGAAUGCCAUUAAGUUUUUGAAGAAUAGGAUUGCUAAAUUACCAGACAGCUUGUCAGAAUCAGAAAAAAAAUCUAGUCUACAAUCAGAUAUCGAUCGGUUCAUAAAUGAAAAAAUAAUACUUGCUGAUAAAGUCAUUGUGAGGCAUGCUGUUACAAAGAUCAGAGAUGGUGAUGUCCUGCUCACUUACGGAUCAUCCACUGUUGUCGAGAUGAUAUUGCUAUAUGCUCAUGAUCUUGGAAGACGGUUCCGUGUUGUGGUAGUUGACUCACGCCCAAAGCUUGAAGGACAAGCAUUACUCCGUAGGUUGCUUGCAAAGGGGCUUAGCUGUACUUACACUCACAUAAAUGCUGUCUCUUAUAUUAUGCAUGAAGUUACACGAGUUUUUCUUGGGGCUUCUUCUGUUUUAUCAAACGGAACAGUUUACUCAAGAGUUGGAACAGCAUGUGUUGCUAUGGUUGCUCAUGCAUUCCAUAUUCCAGUUCUGAUAUGCUGCGAGGCAUAUAAAUUUCAUGAGAGGGUGCAACUAGAUUCUAUAUGUUCUAAUGAACUUGGGGAUCCAGAUAUGAUUUCAAAGGUCACUGGAAGGCAAGAGUUGAAUCAUCUGGAUAAUUGGGCUGAAGAUGAGAAUCUUCAACUUCUAAACUUAAUUUACGAUGCGACACCUUCUGACUAUGUAUCAUUGAUUGUUACAGAUUACGGAAUGCUCCCCCCUACAAGUGUGCCGGUUAUUGUGAGAGAGUAUCGGAGAGAGCAUUUAUGGAUAUAGAGGCUUCCUUAUUGGCAUUUGAUGGCUCUCCAUCACUUAAACUUGAAGAUUGAUGCUUUAUGUAUUAGUUCUUCUGUGGAAAAUGCAUGCGUGUCUGGUUCAACAAGGCCCAAGGAGUUCUGGUCAUUUGCUGUGAGGUUCCUUUUUCUUGUAGGAAUAAUGAUCCAUCUUCUUUAUAUUCUUCUAACAUAACUCUGUGAAGAGUGCAAUAUUUGGCCUCUCCGAGUAUUUUGGUAGUGUUUUUUCUAUAUUGUAACAUCAAUAUUUGGUGCAUGCGGGAGAUUUUCAAAUGCGAUAACAUUUUGUCCGAGA